CUGAGGUCAUGCUGUGUUCUGGCGACUGCCCCUGGCUGUGGGAACAAUCAUGAGGACAUUUCUGCAGCAAAAACUCCCUUUCUGGCCACGUGCACUGACCCCUGUAUGACUGGUGCCCAUGGCAGCGAGUCUCAGACAUGCUCUGACACCCUUUCUUCUCUGGCCCUGUCCUGCAGAGAAUGAAGGAGCAGGGCAAGAUGCUCUGCCAACAAAUACAGAGAAUUGACCUUGAAGUCAGCUGCACCUUCACCAACCAUGUGAUGUUUCACGACCGCUAUGGCAUCAAGCAGCAGGAACUCUUCCACGUGCUGGUAGCCUUUUCUGCCUAUGACACGGAGGUGGGUUACUGUGAGGGCAUGAGCCACAUUGCUGCCAUCCUGCUCAUGCACCUAAACGAGGAGGACGCCUUCUGGGCACUGGUCCAGCUCAUGACAAAUCGGCGUCACAACAUGCACGGAUUCUACAUACCAGGAUCCCCGAAGCUCCACAGACUCCAGUCCUUUCAUGAGCAGUUGCUCAGAACAAUGCUUCCGCAGCUACAGAAGCACUUGGUGAGUGAAACUUCCACUCACCUCCUCCCUGGUGGUCCUGGGUCCCGGCAGGUCGGGGGACAGGGAAAUCCCAAGACCCUCCUGCCACGGUGA